AUGCCACCCCAAGAUGACCUUGAGUCUGACUCCAGACCUGGGCCUCCUCGAAGCCAAGUUCUGGUCAAGCCGCCUCUGCCGACUCUUGCUUCGUCCCGAUCAUCUAGGGAAAAUUCCAUCGAGGUCCAGCUGCCGCCUCUGAUAUCCGGCACCUUGAUUAUGGCCUUUUCGGCCGCCGUUGCAGACGCAUUGGGCAAUGAGCUUAUUACAUACUACUACCUUCCGGAUGAAAGGGUCAAAAUCAACCUCGACAUGGUUGUUGAGCGAAUCAUCUCAGAUUUCGUCAAGAAUAUUUGGGACGAACUUUUUGAAUUUUACCGGGCAUCCAACGCCGAGCACGGCAACCAGGUGACCCGCCUGUUCGAGGGCCCCAUUAGACAAAUCAUCCUUAUUUUAUACGGUCCAGAAGUGUCAAGAUGCAUUUUGGAAAGAAUUGGCCCGGGGCUAUCCCGUCGGCCGCUCACAUGGACCGAAACAGCACGAGGUGUAGAUCCCUCGCUUGCAUUACAGCUGGUAUGCGGCUACUGGCAUCGCAACUAUGCCUCCAGGUCACCUGGAGGCAACCCCGAUGACAUUGCGCGCUCUAUCGGCUCACGCCUUCUUUCAGGCGAAUCCUUCCGGACCCUAGUGUCCAAGUUCAAAAAAACAUUAUAUACCCCCCAUCUAGUCCAAGUUCACCUCAUGGAGUCGACCAUAUGGGAAGUGACGCUGAAAAGACGCCAACGUCCACCCACUGAUGGCUUCCACCUAUUCCAGUUCCGGUUCGAAUUUGAUGCAUCUCAGAGGUUUUUCGCACCUGGCAACCCGUCGGACUCGGGGAUUAAAGAAAUCCCCGUCAUAACCGGUACUGCAGAAGAAUGCGGUUGGGCCACGGUCAGAGAUUACACACUCGGAUAUUGGCCGAGAACUGGUGGAGUCGUCCUAGAGUAUCUGGAAAGGGCCAUGGUCGAGGCUAGGCUAUCUCAUCUUGAAGGCAGGAGUUACACGGCCAUGUCAUUUUGGGAGAGCAGCAACCCAUCAGAAGCUGCCCUUUACCCUGGAUUACGCCUCCUACACUUCGAAAUCGAACCUGGCGCUAUCCGUGUCACUGUAUCCGCUUGGGUUCAGCCCAUGAUAGACGUCUUGCAACAGCUGGCAUGGACCUGUGCGGCUUUAAGCUCUUCACCGGUCCCAGAUGGCGUCGUCGAGUGCAGAACGCGGAUAUCCAGUUGGGAAUACGAGCAUGACCUUGUGCGCGUCAAUUUAGGUCUACUACAUAAAACAGCCCCGGAGGCUGGUACAGUAUCAUGGCUCCGCCAAAAUGGGGGCGCCGUAAUAUCGAGUGGUUUCCCCGUCGGAGAACAAAGUACAUAG